AUGGCAUCCAGAAUUACAAGUUUUCUUCUCAAGAGGAUGAAUCCAGCUGGCGUAAGAGCCCUUUCCACAAAGGCUGUUCCGCCGCCUCGUUUUUCCUGGCUUGAGCAAGGCAUCAAGACUCCUAUCGUUGACCAAAAAGACUCAGAUACUUGUCAAAUUCAUUCGUUCGUGACUGCCCUGGAGUUGGCCUACCAGAUCGACUUCCCUGGACAAAAGGUUGUGUUGGACAGAGAUGAACUCAUUCGAGCUGAAGAAAUAUUUGGUGAUAAAGUGACUAGUUACGUACAAGAGGAUGGCUCAGUCAGGACCUUGAAGAAAUUCGCGAAUGACCUAUCUGUUGGAAAAUAUGUGGUUGGUCGUGGUGUUUCGGUGAUAGAUGGCCCAAUGAAGGGGCGUAGGUUGUAUCCCCGAGAGGUGUUGUUCUGUUCUGACGAUGAUCCUCUUCGUCCGGCUCACUUCAUGGUUGCUAUCCAGAGACAGCCUGUGGUUAUCACUGUGCCGGGUGAAAUGGCCGGUGACGUUUACAAAAGGAAGCCGCGUGCUCCCACAAACACCACUGAUUUGCACGGAACUACGGCAAUCGGUUGGUUGCAGAAGAAUCGCGGCGGUUUCUGGUUACAGUGCCAGGAUUCCAGUGGAAGUUCAGUUGGGAUAGAGGGCACUUACUUUGUUCACUAUGAGAGCGCCGUUGACAAGCUUUGCUUAUUGGCUCCAAUACUCAGGCCUUCCCACUUUCCUCUCCUCUCAUACAGAUUCAUGAUAGCUAUAGUGCGAAGGGUUUAG